GUGUGGGUGUGUGUGUGUGUGGGUGUGUGUGUGCGGAAACAGGAACCUCUCCUGGUGAGCAGGAAGAAGAUGACGUCAGCUGUCAUUUUGUGUGUGUGUGUCUGUGUGUGUGUAAAGCGUUACAAUAUUUAAUGGCGCGCGUGCGUGUGAGUCAAUGUGUGUCUGUGCAUGAGUGCGAAAUUUGGUUUGUGGCGCAAAGGUCUGCGCACAAGAAAAACAUGCCAAUGUGAGUCCUCGCUGGCCCCGCGCGCGUGGAAAGUUGUUUAAGGGGUGUGUUUAUGGGAAAUAGAGAUUUUGCGUGCGUGUGCGUGUGUUUACACAGACGGGAAUACUGCGCCAGAGGAAGUGCGCCCGUUCCCCGUCUGCGCGUCCCGAUUUCCUGCUCUGAGUCAGGAGAGAGAGGAGCCUCGGAUCCGCUUUCAGACUGCGGGACGGCAGCAGCAUGGAGCCGCAGCGCCGCGCGCACACCCCGCAUCUAUAAAGAAACGCGCACACCCCGAGCGCGCAGACGGACAGAGGAGCUGCGGCCGUCCACUGACGGAUCCCCAGAACAUUCAUCACGAUGGAAAGCUCCAUCACCCUCUGGCAGUUCCUGCUGCAGCUCCUGCUGGACCAGAGCCACAAACAUCUCAUCUGCUGGACGUCCACAGACGGCGAGUUCAAGCUGCUCAAAUCAGAGGAGGUGGCCAAGCUGUGGGGACUGCGCAAGAACAAGACCAACAUGAACUACGACAAGCUGAGCAGAGCGCUGCGCUACUACUACGACAAGAACAUCAUUAAGAAGGUGAACGGGCAAAAGUUUGUCUACAAGUUUGUGUCUCUCCCGGAGAUCCUGAAGAUGGAGCCCACGGCGGUGGAGUCUGGCCGCCGCAGCACGGAGAGCGCCGGAGCGUCUUCAGAACCCGAGCUGGAAGACGAGGACGGACGGCAGAGGAACCAGUACCUCCGCUCCGGCCUGUUCUCCUCUUUCCCUGUCUGCACCUCGCAGCUGCACAUGGAACAACCGCGACCAAUCAAGUCAGAGCCCAGAUCUGAUCGCCAUGACGACAGCUCUUCGGUUAUCCGGUUCGUGACCAACGGUGGCCGCUCCUCCACCCCGCCCCCCUCCUCUAACUCCUCUAGGCCGUCUUCUCAGCUCUCUUCCUCCCCUGUACAAAGCCCCGCCCACAUGGGGGUGAUGGGGCGGAGCCAGAGCGCUGAUGCAGAUGAUUCUGAGAUGAUUCCUCUGAAUCUGUCGUCCGGUCAGAGGGAGAGGCUAAAGACCACCUCAGCGUCAGAGAGAAGGGGGCUGGCUCACAGCACGCCACUGAAAGGCAGAAAACCUAAAGGACUGGAAAUCCCCGCCUCCUCGCUCCUCCUCACAGGAAGUGACCUCGUCUCCAUCGCCCUCAACAGCCCGGCUCUGCCUUCUGGCUCCAUGACCCCCGCCUUCCUCACUGCGCAGACCCCGUCUGGUCUGCUCCUCACUCCCAGCCCUUUACUCUCAAGUAUCCAGUUCUGGUCGGGUUUGAGCCCAGUGGGACCACUCAGCCCCGCCCAACUCCAAAACCACGCCCAACUUUUCCAGUUUCCAUCCCUGAUGAAUGGACCCUUAACCAUUCCUCUGUCCAGUGGAGAGGCGUCUUCUUCCCUGCUCCUGUCCUCCAGCUCCUCCAAGUCCUGAUUCAAGCCUGAGCUUGAAGAUCAAACUGGAUCCAAAGAUGCUACAUCAGCACUGACCAAAGGACAAAAAAACAACAUGAAACUACAGUGAACUUGAACUUCUACCAAAUCCAAUUAGACUUUGAUCUGAGACUUUUAUAUUUGUAGGAGAAGGAACUGGAGCUUCUCUCUGUUUUCAUCGUGUGUUAACUUCAGGGUUGUGUUUAAAUGCAAUAAGACUGACUUGCAUUUACCUCGUGAAGUUUUUCAUCUCUUUUUAUACUUUGUUUGAUCCUGCUCAUGACGUUGUCUGUAUAAAAAUAGCUCGGGAUUCUCA